CCUGCAGUUUAUGUGAGUGAGUCAGACUAUAGGCAUGUACCUUCAUGGAGGUGAGUCAUGAACCUAACUAACAUGUUCUGCCGCUGAACACUAACGCUUUAGAUCAUGCCGGUGCUCCUCCUGUGGAAAAUCCCUACUACAGUAUUAACCCCUUUCAUAGUAGGACUAUUUGGUUCACAUGCACGGUUUAUUGAGACCUUGUCACAUAUGACUGACAUUAAAUUAUGAUUAGGGGUUAUAUCAUCAUGUAGCCUAGGCUAGUGUGCCGUGUUUAUCAGAAGAGGAAGAAGUGUCGAAAUAAAGAAGUUAAUCAUUGUCUGGGUCACUGGUUUUGACGAAUCAAACAUUAUUGCAUUUGCGUCAUAUGGUUUGUUAUUGUCAUAACAUAACAAUACGUAGCCUAACCAUUCACAUGUUGGUGUGAUGUUGUUUUGACAGUGGAUGGCGGAACCAACCAAGGUUAUUUUACUCGACCCGGGCGGCUUCAAGUGGUGUGUGUGUGCCUGUGUGGAUUGCUACAUCGCCGGGGCGGUGCAGUGUCAUUCAAGAGGCUGAACUGGGCGGAGGUCCAGCGGAGCUGUGUAGCGCUCUCUCUCUCUCUGCUUGAGCUAGACAGUCUCUCACUACUCCGGGUCGAUACGGCGCGCUCUCCCCGGACGUCUGUCUCCAGUCCAGACGGACCGUUGAGAGACCUUUUGUGGACUGACUGGGAAUGUCCUCCAAAACCGACGACAGUGCUUGACACAGAACCUGGAUGAAGGAAGGAAUUUGUAAUAUUUGAAGGAUACAUUCCAAAACCAAGUCCCUGAUGCAGCAUGCAAAUAUAGAAUUAGCCUGAGAAGUUAGAUUUGCAGUUGGAGGGAAAUCAUCAGGACAACAGCUGCUCCGUGUGCAUAAGCUACAAUAAUAGAACACACCAAUUUGCAAUUCAUCAUAACAAUUCGCUGUAUCAGAAUGAUGAACGUUCAGUGGAGCAACCCGGUCCCAUGCAUCCGCAGUGGAAGAGUCGGACAGAAACGUGUGGACUCAGAAACAGGUGACGAGCCGGUGUCCAAAUGCGCUAGGCUGAUCGAGUGUCUGGGUGACGUGGGGCUCCUCGGUAGCUCGCCGGGAUCCCCUGUUUCCCCGGUCCUCUUGAGCGGCUCCCCGACCCAUCAAGGUCCGUCCCGGAUAAGCCAGUUUCUGCUCCUUCAUAUGGCGGAUCAGGACAGGAUACACAGCGCACUCAACAUUGACACGGGAGACGCGCUGGUGUGCAAAGUGUUUGACAUGGGUCUGUACCAGGAGAAGAUCCGGACCUACAGCAUCCUGCCAGUCCACAGGAACAUCGCCUGUAUCCGAGACAUUGUCCUGGGGGAGCGCUGGGCAUACGUCUUCCUAGAGAAGGAUCACGGGGACAUGCACACCUUCGUUAAGAGCUGCAAGCGUCUGGACGAGGAGCGGGCGGCACAGCUCUUUCACCAGGUGGCGUCGGCCGUGGCACACUGUCACCAGCAUGGCAUCGUAUUAGGAGACCUGAAGCUAUGCAAGUUUGUCUUCUCCGACAGGAAAAGGACCCAUGUGAAGCUGGAAGGCCUGGAGGACUGCAGGAUUCUAGAAGGAGAUGAUGACUCCAUGUCAGAAACCCACGGCUGCCCAGCCUACGUCAGCCCAGAGAUCCUCAAUGGCUCCAGCUCCUACUCCGGGAAGCAGGCGGACGUCUGGUCGCUAGGGGUGAUGCUCUACACCAUGCUGGUGGGACGCUACCCUUUCCACGACCCAGACCCAGCUACCCUCUUCUCCAAGAUCCUCUGGGGCAAGUGCUGCCUUCCCGAGAGCCUCUCUCCCAGGGCCAAGUGCCUGCUGCGGAAAGAACCAUGGGACAGACUGACCGCCGCCGAGGUGCUUAUCCAUCCGUGGUUCCACACCACCACCGCCAACGUACAGGAAACAGGGGUCAGUGAACAGGAAGUGGGCUCGUCGGAACAGAUAGUGCCUUCCUGUGACAUGGAAGAGGAGGAUGAUCUGUUCUGUUGAUCGAUUGGGACGAAUCACUGUGACUCACUCAACCCCUCGAGUGGAAUCGGACCAAAAAUUUGAUCAAAUGUUACCUUCAAGAAGGUUUUUUAUUUUGUGGCACAUUUUAGAAGGUUAUUUUUGUCAUGGUUGUAUACUGUCGUGUAUGAGGUCAGACAUAAGCUUUUAACUCAAACGAUUAUGUUGUCAAUAUGUUAGAUUAAGGGUGUUAUUUAAAGUACACCACCCUCAUUGUGUGUUGUGUGUUUUCACAAUAAUAAGUCUUUUGGUGCUAAAAACCAGCUCACCAUCACAUUAUGUUUAUUAGAGUAGAUUAAAGAUACAAUCUGCAGUUCAAACAAUAACAAAGCGGGUCACCCCACCACUAUUUUCAUAAACAGCUGAAGGAUUAACAGAGUAGGCACUCUAAUAGAGGGUG